GUCGAGUUUGCGGCGCCUCGCGCGGCGCACAAAGUGCGCCUACAUGCUGUGGUAGAGGUGGUGGUAGCUCGCACAAACAAGCAUCCAUCGACGCACGCAAUAGCGCAGCACUUGCAAGGAUGGACUCGGACGACUCCGCGGACGACGACCCCUGCGAGAUGUGCGGCGUGGACCCGACGACGCGGGCGUCGAACCUCACGAAGCGCACGCUCAUGACGAACGCGCCGACGGGCCAGCGCUGCGGCCACCGUUUUUGUGGCGCGUGCGUCGAGCGCGGCAGCCAGGCGUCCAAGGGCCAGGGGUCCUUCCCCUGCCCGGCGCUCGGCUGCGGCGCGCCCGUGCGGCGCGCGACGCUGGACCCGCGGCGGCUCGACGCCAUCGAGGUGGCGCGCGACGCGUCGGCGCGCGCGCGGACGCUCGCCGUGCACAACAAGCCGCGCGACGCGUUCGCGACGCGGCGCGACUACGACGACUACCUCGAGGAGCGCGAGAACGUCGUCCACGCGCUGACCUACGGCGGCGCCGGCGCCGACGCCGCCCAGAAGAAGCUAAAAGAGGAGGCAGAGCGGGCCGCGACGGACAUCGCGCGCCAGGCGGCGCAGGAGGCCGACGCCGCGCGGCGGCGCGCCGACGCCGUCGACGACGACCGGCGGCGGACCGAGGCGCGCGCCGCGCGGCUGCGCGAGUCGCGCCGGCGGCAGAAGGAUGCGCGCGGCCGCGAUCGCGACCACGCCGUGGCCUACGCGCUCGGCGACCGCGACGACGCGCCGCUCGCCGCGCCUCCGGCGAUGCAAGCCGUCCGAUUGCCGCGGCCCGUCGGCCCGCCCAAGAACGAGCGCGUCGUCGCCGGCGCGGAGCUGGACAGGCGGCGGCGCGCGGGCGGCUGGCGCCGCGAGGCCUUCGGCCUCCGCGACGCCUUCGAGCUCGCGGCCGGCGCCGACGCUGGCCAGCUCACUGGGCCCGCGGCGCGGCCCUACCGCAAGCCGGAGCUGCUCUUCGGCCAGAGAGCAAGUGCCGCGAGCCCGCGCUCGGCCGGACCGCGGUUCUACUGA